AUGAUAUUUCUUCAUUUAGUGUACUCACUUUGGGUCCUUCUGCUUAUUCCCUUAAUCAAUGCUGUGGAAUUCACUCCCAAAGUUACUAAGACUUUAUCUGAAAAUUCAUUUAACAUAUUGAGCUUUGAUGAUUCAAACACCUUAAUUAGAACACAAGGUAAUUCCAUGACAAUAAGUUUUAACGAUGGAGAAACAUGGGAAAAAAUAAAAGAGCUCGAAGAUAGAGUGGGUUGGGCAAUGAUCGACCAAUUUAAUAGACAUGACAGGGCCAUUGUAGCAGCAGAGAAAGGAGAAAUAGUUUACAUCACCGAAGACCAGGGUAAGUCGUGGAGGCCUGUAACUAUAACUGAUUCAAAAGAAGAUGAUUCAUCUACUCACUGCUAUAUGUCAACUCAUCCUACUAAGAAAGAGUAUUUCCUCGCAUAUUGUAGCUAUUGUAAAAGUGAGGAGGUUGCCGUUGAAGAUGUAACAAUCAUGGAUCGUUCACUUCUCACAUUCAAUUCUUCAGUUUGUAUGGACAGAGUUUUUGCAAGCAACGAUGGUGGAAAAUCCUUUUCUGAAAUCAAGUCACCUCUGCAAAAGAACGAAGAUAGCCCCAUCAGCAUCUCUGAAUGUAGUUUUGUCAAGGAAAGCAAAGAUUCUGACUUUGGCGGUAAUGAAGCCUCGAUAAUCUGUCUUUUCGAGAAUAUUAAGAGCUUUAGAGGUAUGUUUGACACCACUUCUGCGGAAAGUAAACUGGUUCUAACUACCGACUGGGGUAAAUCAUUCAAAGAAUUUGAUCAUUUUAAAGAUAAAGUUGUUAGGAGAUACCAAUUAUUGAAAUCACACAUUGUUGUCUUAACCCAGGGCGACAAAUACAAUGAGAUGUCUUCUAUGGAUGUCUGGAUUUCCAAUGAUAUGUCAACUUUCGAAAAGGCAUACAUGCCUACACAGUUGAGACAUUCUGUUCAAGGACAAAUUUAUGAAGACUCCAUGGGAAGAGUUAUUUUACCAAUUGCUAGAGAAAGAAAUAAUGAAGAAGACGAUCAAACCAGCGUUUCUGAAAUUUUAAUCUCCGAUUCUCAAGGACUAAAAUUCUCUCCAAUUCCAUGGACUAAAGAUGAAGUUUUCGGUUAUAUUAGUCUUGAUCAAUCCUCUUUCUUAAAGGGAACAAUGAUUGCUUCGCUUUUCCCUGUUUCUAGGCGCCGUAACCGUAAAGGGAAAAAAAAGGUAGUGAAAAGUAAGGGAAUAACCAAAAUAUCUGCAGAUGGUGGUCUCACAUGGUCAAAUUUGAGAAUAGUUGACUCAAGUAAUGCCGACUUAUUCGAUUGCGAUAUUACAGAUCCUGAGGAAUGCUCGCUCCAAUUAAUGUUUUACCCACUGAUGGAUUCCACUCCAGCUGCCGGGAUUGUAAUGACAUUGGGUACUGUUGGUGAUGGGAGUGUAUUCGACUGGGGAGAUGUAAGAACCUAUAUCUCUAGGGAUGGGGGUUUAACAUGGAAAGUUGCCUUAGAUUUUCCUUGUUUGUACGCUAUUGGUGAUUACGGAAAUGUUAUCAUUGCUAUACCACAUAAUCCAGAUGAAGACGAUGACCCUCAAUCAGAAUUUUACUAUUCUUUAGAUCAGGGUAAAACUUGGAUCGAAUAUCAAUUAGAAACCAUUAUUUAUCCAGCAGAAUUGAUCAACACAACGCCAGAUGGAUCCGGUGUUAAAUUUAUCCUAAAUGGGUAUGCUCUAUCGUACAUGGAUGGUGAUACUAAUUUUAUUUAUGCAAUCGAUUUUUCAAAGGCAUUUGAUGGCAAGACAUGUGAAGAGAAAGACUUAGAAGAUUGGAGUUUAGCGGAAGGAAAAUGCGUCAACGGCGCUAAAUACAAGUAUAGAAGAAGAAAACAGGACGCUCAAUGUUUAAUGAACAAAGUAUUUGAGGACCUUCAAUUGUAUGAGACUGUUUGUGACAGCUGUUCCGCGAGCGAUUAUGAGUGUGCGUUUGAAUUUGUUAGAGAUGAAAGCGGAAAAUGCGUACCAGACUAUAACCUAAUCGUUCUUUCUGAAGUGUGUGAUAAGACAAAGAAGAAAAAUGUCCCUAUAAAACCAUUGCAAUUAAUUAAAGGUGAUAAAUGUAAAACACCAAUGAAAAUUGACUCCGUAGACAUCUCGUGUGAAGGAAUUCCGAAAAAGGGUACGAAUGAAAAAGAAAUAGUGGUUACAGAAAACAAAUUUGAUUCCAAAAUUGAAUUCUAUCAAUACUUUGAUACAGUUACCGAUGAAUCAUUACUCAUGGUAGAUUCAAAAGGAGAUGCCUAUAUAUCUCAUGAUGGUGGACAAACAAUAAAAAGGUUUGACACCAGCGGUGAAACAAUUGUCGAAGUUGUGUUCAACCCCUACUUUAAUUCUUCGGCUUACCUAUUUGGUUCUAAAGGUAGUAUUUUCUCUACCCACGAUAGAGGAUACUCUUUUAUGACCGCUAAAUUGCCUGAAGCCAGGCAGUUAGGUAUGCCAUUAGAUUUUAAUGCCAAAGCACAGGAUACGUUUAUUUAUUAUGGUGGUAAGAAUUGUAAAUCAGUCUUAAGUCCAGAAUGUCAUGCAGUAGCAUAUCUCACUAAAGAUGGAGGAGAAACGUUUACAGAAAUGCUUGAUAAUGCAAUUCACUGUGAGUUCGCAGGUUCGCUUUUCAAAUAUCCGUCAAAUGAAGAUAUGGUUAUGUGCCAGGUAAAGGAGAAAUCCUCGCAUGUAAGAACUUUAGUUUCUUCAACUGAUUUUUUCCACACUGAUAAAAAAACCGUUUUUGAAAACAUUAUUGGCUACUUGUCCACUGGUGGCUAUAUCAUUAUUGCUGUACCUCAUGAAGAUAAUGAAUUGAGGGCAUAUGUAACUAUUGAUGGUGCCGAAUAUUCCGAGGCCAAAUUCCCGUAUGACGAAAAAGUUACGAAGCAAGAGGCAUUCACUAUUUUAGAAUCCGAGGAAGGAUCGAUUUUCUUGCACUUGGCAACGAACUUAGAACCAGGGCGUGAUUUUGGCAAUCUUUUGAAAUCCAACUCGAAUGGCACUUCUUUUGUCACCCUGGAACACGCUGUUAAUAGAAACAUGUUCGGCUUUGUAGACUUCGAAAAAAUUCAGGGUCUUGAAGGCAUCAUCCUCACCAACAUUGUGUCAAAUAGUGACGAGGUUACCAAGAAUAAAGAAGAAAAACAAUUGAAGACGAAGAUCACCUUCAAUGAGGGCUCGGAUUGGAACUUUUUAAAACCUCCACAAAAGGACUCUGAAGGAAAGAAAUUUCCUUGCAACCCCAAAUCAUUAGACAAGUGUUCGCUGCAUUUGCAUGGCUACACUGAACGUAAGGAUAUUAGGGAUACAUAUUCCUCCGGUUCCGCAUUAGGAAUGAUGUUUGGUGUUGGAAACGUUGGAGCUAACCUUUUACCGUAUGAAGAAUGUUCUACUUUCUUCACCGCUGAUGGAGGUGAGACCUGGGCUGAAAUUAAGAAAACUCCCUACCAAUGGGAAUAUGGUGACCAUGGGGGGAUCUUAGUUUUAGUUCCCGAAAGUGCAGAAACUGAUUCUAUUUCCUAUUCUACUGAUUUUGGCAGGACAUGGAAAGAUUAUAAGUUCUGUGACGAUAAGGUUGUAGUGAAAGAUAUAACUACCGUUCCUCGGGAUUCUGCUUUGAGAUUUUUGCUCUUUGGGGAAUCAACAGAUAUAGCAGGCAGUUCAUUUAGAACUUACACUAUCGAUUUUAAAAAUAUCUUCGAGAGACAAUGUGACUUCGAUAUCAUCGAGAAGAAAGGUUUAGAUUUCAAAUACUCUCCUUUAGGCUCUCAAACUGGCUGCCUGUUUGGGCAUCGAACUGAGUUUUUACGCAAAACCGAUGAAAAGUGCUUCAUCGGUAAUAUACCACUUUCUGAAUUCUCAAAAAACAUCAAAAACUGUUCAUGUACAAGGCAGGAUUUUGAGUGUGAUUAUAACUUCUAUAAAGCUAAUGAUGGUACUUGUAAAUUGGUCAAGGGCUUGAGCCCAGCAAACGCAGCAGACAUUUGCAAAAAGGAGCCAGAUUUAAUAGAGUAUUUCGAAUCUUCCGGUUACAGAAAGAUUCCUCUAUCGACCUGUGAGGGUGGCUUAAAAUUGGAUGCGCCUUUAUCACCACACCCUUGCCCUGGAAAAGAGAAAGAAUUUAAAGAAAAAUACUCUGUAAGCGCUGGUCCCUUUGCAUUUAUUUUCAUAUCAAUUCUUCUCAUUAUUUUCUUUGUCGCAUGGUUUGUAUAUGAUAGAGGUAUCAGAAGAAAUGGUGGGUUUUCAAGAUUUGGAGAAAUUAGGCUAGAUGAUAACGGACUGAUAGAAAACAAUAGCGCUGACAGAGUCGUCAAUAAUAUUGUAAAAUCAGGAUUCUACGUCUUUUCAAAUAUUGGGUCUCUUUUCCAACAUACAAAAGCGAAUAUAGCACAUGUUUUUUCCAAAAUUAGGGGAAGAUUUAGCAACAGAACAGCCCCAAGCUAUUCAUCGCUAAUACAUGAUCAAUUUUUGGAUGAAGCAGACGACUUGCUUGCUGGUCACGAUGAAGAUGCAAACGACUUAUCUAGUUUCAUGGAUCAAGGCAGUAAUUUUGAAAUUGAAGAAGAAGAUGCCUCAACAUUUGAACAAGAACACACAUCAUAUACGGACGAGCCCGCCACUAGCGGCAUUCCCGACGCUUUAUCAGCACUUAAUGAAGAAAACGCUCACGGAACUGAUUCAGCAACUCCACGUAGCGAUCAUGAGUAG